GUCCAGGCAAGCCUUGCCUCUCUCUGGGCAUUCCGCCGGGGCUGUCCCAGCGUUCGCGGCUGGAAUGGUGCUGGCGCCGGCGAUCGGUGCCUGCGUUCUGAGGAGGGAGCAGCCCGAGCGGAGGAGCCGCGAUGGACAUGCUGCUGCUGCAGCCGUUGGGAUGUACCAAACUGUGCCAGCAGAAGCCUCUGGAUCUGAAAGAUGAUAAUACUGAAAAACACUGUCCUGUUACAGUGAAUCCUUGGCAUAUGAAGAAAGCUUUCAAAGUUAUGAAUGAAUUAAGAAGUCAAAAUUUGCUGUGUGAUGUCAUGCUAGUAGCUGAAGACAUGGAAAUUGCAGCUCAUAGAGUUGUGUUAGCAGCUUGCAGCCCAUACUUCCAUGCCAUGUUUACAGGUGAAAUGAGCGAGAGUCAGGCAAAGAGAGUUCGAAUAAAGGAGGUUGAUGGCUGGACCCUUAAGAUGCUCAUUGAAUAUGUUUACAGUGGGGAAAUUCAGGUAACAGAGGAAAAUGUACAGGUACUUCUCCCGGCAGCUAGCUUGUUGCAGUUGCAGGAUGUAAAGAAGAGUUGCUGUGAUUUUCUGGAAACCCAGCUCCACCCUGUCAACUGUUUGGGCAUCCGUGCUUUUGCUGACAUGCAUGCAUGCACAGACCUUCUGAACAAGGCCAACACAUAUGCAGAGCAGCACUUUACUGAGGUCAUACUUGGUGAGGAAUUUCUGAACCUUGGUGUAGAACAAGUGUGCAGCCUAAUAUCCAGUGACAAACUGACAAUAACAUCAGAGGAAAAGGUAUUUGAAGCAGUGAUAGCUUGGGUGAACCAUGAUAAAGAUGUGAGACAAGAGCUCAUGGCACGGCUGAUGGAACAUGUCCGCCUGCCAUUGCUUUCCCGAGAAUAUUUGGUUCAGAGAGUUGAAGAGGAGGCACUUGUUAAAAACAGCAGUGCUUGUAAGGAUUAUCUUAUUGAAGCAAUGAAGUACCAUUUGUUACCACUUGAACAAAGAGCUCUGAUGAAGACCACACGGACAAGGCUCCGAACACCUGCCUGCCUUCCAAAACUGAUGGUGGUGGUUGGAGGACAAGCGCCCAAAGCUAUCCGCAGUGUGGAAUGUUAUGAUUUUAAAGAAGAACGUUGGCACCAGGUUGCUGAGUUGCCUUCCAGAAGAUGCAGAGCAGGAGUAGUAUACAUGAGUGGCCUUGUCUUCGCUGUUGGGGGUUUCAAUGGCUCUUUGAGGGUUCGAACAGUGGAUUCAUAUGAUCCAAUAAAAGACCAGUGGACAACUGUGGCUAAUAUGCAGGACAGACGAAGUACUUUGGGAGCUGCUGUAUUAAAUGGGCUUCUGUACGCUGUGGGAGGAUUUGAUGGAAGCACAGGACUAUCCUCAGUAGAAGCAUAUAAUAUGAAGACUAAUGAAUGGUUUCAUGUGGCUCCAAUGAAUACAAGGAGAAGUAGUGUUGGUGUAGGUGUAGUUGGAGGUAUGCUGUAUGCAGUUGGCGGCUAUGACGGUGCAUCACGUCAGUGCCUUAGUACAGUGGAAUGCUAUAACUAUAGUUCAAAUGAAUGGACCUACGUUGCAGAAAUGGGCACUAGGCGUAGUGGAGCAGGUGUUGGUGUCUUAAACAAUUUAUUGUAUGCAGUAGGGGGUCACGAUGGCCCUUUAGUUAGAAAAAGUGUUGAAGUAUAUGAUCCAGCCCUCAAUACAUGGAAGCAGGUUGCAGAUAUGAAUAUGUGUAGGAGAAAUGCAGGAGUUUGUGCUGUGAAUGGGCUCUUAUAUGUAGUUGGAGGAGAUGACGGAUCCUGCAACUUGGCAACUGUGGAAUAUUAUAACCCAACAACAGAUAAAUGGAUGGUUGUAUCAUCAUGUAUGAGUACAGGAAGAAGUUAUGCAGGUGUUACUGUUAUUGACAAACCAUUGUGAAAUGUUGGCAUAUUUUUUCACCUUAAUUAUGCACUAGAACCAAGCUUUAACAAGUGGCAUUGAAGUGAUCAAGCAUCAAAGCACUUCUCAGCUUGUAGCUGCGUAAUGGGACACAUCGGAUGCUGUGAUCUGCUACAAUUAAGGAUGAAAAUGAAGAUUAUUCUAGGUUGAAGCAAUGUGUAGCAUUAUUUGACAUUAAGCUGCAUCUGACUAAGAUGUAGUGAAACUGUAUGGACCACAGUACUUAUUUGCUAGAUAUCUGGACAAAACUCCUUUCUUAAGGACCAAUCAUGUCUCUCAUGGUUGACUAUGGAUUUUUUUUUAGUGGAAGAUAAAAGUAGUGUGUCCUAGUGAAAGUAAACUUGUCUUUCUUCCAAAGAAAAAGGAAAUAUCCAUGAAUUACAGGUUUUCUGGAGGGAUACUGAAUCCCAGCUUAGUAGUACAAGCUGGCAUGAGAACCUGGUUGCUUUUCUAAAUCAUUUUUGGUUACAAUAUUAUUGUGUGCAUAUUUAAAUGUGUGUAAGUCCCUUUCCUUUGUAUCCAUUUGGAACUUGAUGAUACUAUUUAUAAUUGGCAUGAUACUUUGAAGUAUGCCAGUACAAUGUUGUAAAACAGAGGUGUAUAUUUUGAUAUUUACCAAAACUAAGCUUUAAAACUAAGAAAUGCCACAGAACAUGUAAUGCCAAAAUGUUUUUAACUUACUUAUUGGUGAUUCUUACUAAGAUCUUCUUUGUUUUCUUUGAUGUAUCUAUCUUAACUCAGUCAUAGGGGUUAAUACCUGGCAUGGACAUAAUUGCAGGUUUUAAAAGAAUGUAUGGAACUCUGUUUUAUUUGCAUGGCAUUUAAAACUAUUCCUGUGUAAUUCUAGCUGCUAUUAAAGACUAUGUACUGUAUGUGAACAUGUUCAGAAAAAUCAAUUAAUUCAUUGAUGAAUUAAAUAUGACCAAAUUAUUGUCA